AUGGAUUUAAAUAAGCGUGAAGCAUGUUCAGAAGAAUUGGAAAAUGGGCAAAACUGCGAUGAGGAAAAGGAACAAAUACUAAAACACUGUUACAACGAAUUUAAGAUAGAUAUAUCUUUUUUUUUAAAGUUACAUGAACAGAAAAUAAAUAUUUAUAAAUUAAAAAGUGAUUAUGUUAAUUUAAUUUCAGAAACAUAUAUAAAAAAAAUAAAAGUAGAAUAUAAAUACAAAGACAUAAAUAAUUUAGAUAUAAUUGAAUUUUAUUAUCCAUAUAGAAAUACUAGUUAUGUAGAAAUUAAUAAAAGUUCGUUUGAUAUUGAUAAAAUGUGUGUAAUGCCCCAAGAAAAUGAACAAGAGGAAAAUAUUAAAAAAACAAAUAACUAUAAUAAAAAAUAUCAAGGAAUACUUUUAAAUUUUAAUACAUUAGAAGAAUUCUUAAAUGCAAAUAAAAUAAAACAUGUUGAAACCUCAAUGAAUGAUAUAAAAAUGUAUAUAGCAUGUGAAAAUAAAAAAAAGACAUGUAUAUAUGAUAAUUCUUUUUGGGAAUAUAAAGAAGGUGAAUUAAAUUUGUUUGAAAAAAUAAACAAAUAUUUAAUAUUAAGUUAUUUUGAUUUAAAAAAAUGUAUAUGUUAUUAUAGUAUAGCAAAUCCAGUAAUCAAGCCAGUAGAAAAUUUUAAAGAACUAACACCAUCAAAAAGGUUGCAUAUAUAUAUAGACACAGAAUAUGCAUAUUUAAAUAAUGACAAAAACGAAAUUAAUGUUAUAGACACAAUAUAUUUAUCUCACAAACUUGAUAACUGUUUUAAUAAUAAUAAAUUGUUUGUAAAGUCAAGAAUAUUUUUAUUACUUCGAUGUAAAAUUCCCAAAAAUGACGAUGAAAAAAGUGAGACUUAUUAUGAUGAGUUCAUGGAAAAUGCUCAUGAAGUUUUGUCAAAUACCCCAAGUGAAGAAGACAACGAAUUUUAUAAAAUAAACAGUUUUAAAAAUUUAUAUGAAUAUAUUUUUUAUGACAAUACCAACAAAGACAAUAGUUUAAAUGAUGACCAACAAAAUAAACAUAUUUCACAUUAUAAUAUAUUAAGGAAAAAUUUGAAUUUAGUGGUUUUACCAAUUAGCUGUUUGAACGAAUUAAAAGAAGAUAUAAAUAUUUCAAAAAAUAAAAUUUUAAAAAAUAUAAAAAAAGAACUUUUUGAUAUAUAUAUAUGUAUGAUUGAUCCUAAUUAUGUAUGUAAUUCAUUAAAUUGGGAUGCUCGAAAUUUAUUAUAUUUUUUAACAAUAAAAUAUGAAUUAUAUAAUUUUUAUAUUGACUUAUUAGCAUUUAGAGAUAUAGGAAUGUUUGAUGAUAAUAUAAUUUGCUCCUUUAAUUCAAAAAAAAAGUUAAUUUUUAAAUGCCCUAUAUUUUCAAAAGAACUUCAAACUAGUACUAAUAAUACUCAAACUUUAUUCACAGAUAUUCCAAACAUUUUAGGAAUAAAUUAUGAUUUAUUAGGCACACUAAAUUGUUCAGAAAGAAGUAAAAUAUUUAAUUUGGGGUUAGUAAGCAAGUGUAAUUAUUCCACUAACAACCUUAACAAGUCAGGUGAUACAAAUUUGGGUGAAGGACAAAAUAGGCUGAUUAAAUUCUUUUUAAACUCAUCAAUGUUUAAUAUAAAAAUUGUUGGAUUUUCCGAUUUUUUUAAGACAACCCAAUAUGAUAAAGAUAGAAAAAGUGACAGUUUUCAAAAUUAUAAAGAUAGAAAAAGUGACCAUUUUCAAAGUGGUGAAAUGCGUAAAGAUAUGAACCUUUUAAAAUAUGAAAUAAUAGGAGGAUGGAAAAAAUAUGUAGAAAAAAAAAAUAACAAAAUAAAAGAAAGUAUAAUAUAUAUUAUAAAUUUAAAUAAUUUUUUAAAUAAAAAUACAAUACAAAGAAUAUCACUUGAAUUAAAUAUAAAAUUAAUAAGAUGGCGAAUUUUAAAAAAUUUUAAAUUUGAAAAAAUACAUGAUUUAAAGAUAUUAAUAAUUGGGUUAGGUACAUUAGGUUGUUCUGUUGCUAGAACAUGUGUAGCAUGGGGAAUAAAAAAUUUUACUUUUAUUGAUAAUUCACGUGUUUCUUAUUCUAAUGUUAGUAGGCAAUGUUUAUUUACUUUAGAUGAUGCUGAGUCUUGUAGUAAUAUGGGAGAAUAUAAAAGUGUAGCUGCUAAAAACAAUUUAUUAAAAAUAUCACCUGAUUUAAAUAUUACUAGUAAAAUAAUGGAUAUACCUAUGCCUGGUCAUUUAAAUUAUUUAAAAAAUGAAAACCUUUAUAAAACAAUAGAAGAAUUAGACAAUUUGAUUGAUAAUCAUGAUGCCGUAUUUUUACUAACAGACUCAAAGGAAUCACGAUAUUUCCCAUCCCUAUUAAUAGCUGAAAAGCAUUAUAACUGUUUAAAAAAGUAUAAAAAAUUAACGACCGAUUGUGAUAGUAAUAUUAAUGAUAUAUGCAAACUGGAUGGAGAUAACAUAACAUAUAGCAAUUAUAUGUGUAUACUGAAUGAGGGAAUAGAAAAUGAUAGAAGUAAAAAUGGUGGCAAUAAACACGUUAGCAAUGAACAAAGUUUUAAUAAAAAAAAUGAAUUCAUUGAUCAUCGAAACACAUUUUAUAGUAAUAUUUUAUCAAGAAUAAAUCAGAUAAAUAAAAUGCCACCUUUAGGUAUAUCAGUAGCAUUAGGGUUUGAUUCAUUUCAAGUUAUAAGACAUCCAUAUUUAUAUUUUAAAGCUGCUUGUUAUUUUUGUAAUGAUAUGAAUUCACCAACCGAUUCAAUAAGUUAUAGAACAUUAGAUGAAAAAUGUACAGUCACUAGACCUGGUAUUAGCUCAAUAAGUAGUAGUAUAGCAACAGAACUAUUAAUAUCUUUAACACAACAUCCAUUACAAUUUUCUGCUCCUCAUAUUGAGAGUGAUCAGUACAUUUGUUUUGAUUUAAAAGGAGAUGAUUUAAAAAAUAAGAAUGUAGAAACAUCAAACUCAUUUGUUUCAUGUUUAGGAGCUACCCCACAUAUUAUCACUUUUAACUUAUCAAACUUAUCAAUGCGAAAACUUUAUUCCGAUGCCUUCGAUAAAUGCGUUUGUUGCUCGGAGUACGUUAUCUUAAAAUAUCAGGAAAACAAACCCGAGUUUGUCAAAAAGGUGAUUAUCGAAAGUCUCAUGCUCGAGGAGAUAACCAACAUGGGAAUGCUCAAGCAAGCCGAUGAAGGGGAGGUGAUAAUUUUGGAUUAG